AUGCCACCACAAACCCGGUCCGGCGGCCGGGCCGCUGAUGCCCCUCCCGAUCGAGUCUACAAGUCCACUACGCCGGCCAAGCAGGUCAAGUUCCCGCAUCGAAAAACAGAGGUCCGCACAUAUAGCGCUCGUAAACCAAGAGCCCGAGUCACCAAUCAAAAACAAAAAACCCUAACUCAAAUGUACGAAUCUCGGCAUUCGUCGCCGGUGCGCAUUGAUCUGUCCGAUGACGAGGAUGAACCCGCACCCAAGAAGAAGAGGAGGAAGACAAUGGGCGACGAGCCGACCCCGAGCUCUUCUUUUCAUACGCAGACCCUAACCCAGAUGUCAAGAAGAUCGGCAGAGAAGUCGCCAGACGAAGAUGACGAUGUCUGGCAGUUCCAACCGUCGGAUGAUGAACACGAAAAACCUACUCUCCCUUCGGCGAGUGACAAAGAGAAUCUUGUUCCCGGCAAAAAGCCUCCGAGUAGAACCCCAUCUGUCGUGCCUCAAACGCCGACCAAUAAACGAACUAUUUUGGAAAUUCCGUCCUCACAGGGGAGCCCUCUUACGCCAAUGCUGGCGAGGUAUAGCCCGGCCCCAAAGAGAUCACCCUUGAAGGACAAGUCUACAAACAAGAUGAUGUCCCCAAUGAGGCUUACGGGAUCUGUGAAACGGCCACGAACUCUGACUAUUCAAGACUCGUAUGCCACAAUUGGCAGCCAAGAUUCAACCCAGCUUUCCUCUCCUAACAGGCCGCCGUUGCAACCUGCAAAGAAUGUCCGCUUCAUUACACCGCAUCCUACGGCUAGCCUCGUACCUUUGGAAGAGGAGGAAACGGAAGAUGAGGAAAAUGAACGGGAAACCAGCCCAUCCCCUCGAAGACCGCCUAGGUCACCUCUUCGUGAAAUUGCCGACUCUGAGGACGAGUCUGAUGCUCUCGAUGUUUUGGAUGAAGAGGCUGAAGGCUACGGUAUCGUCGGCGAAGAGACACAGCUUCAGAUGGACCAGCUACUUACCUCGUCGGAGGAACGAGCGUCCAAAGAACUCUCCCCUGUAGAGGAAGGCGACUCUGAUAAGGAAAAUGUUGCCCCUGCUACUAGCGAGGAAGAGGAGGCAACGGUGGUUUUGUCCCAGCCCUUCAUUCUGCCAAAACUUGGACGUGUACAUUCCAACACCUCAGAUCGUAGGGAGACUGUUGAGGUUAUCACAUCGUCCCCUGAUCCAACUCGAAACAGCGACUCGAGCGCUUCGAGGGAGUCCAACAAAGGUUCGACUGAAGAGUCCAUCUCUCAAACCCCAACGCAGAGCCAAAGAACUCCCACGUCGAAAGGCAAAGGCAAAGCCGCCGUGGAGACGCCCAAGACACCGCACACACAAGGGCUUGAAAGCCAGCGAAUUCCCUUGGAGGUUAUUCGUGCGAUGGCCCCUCAAACCGACCGUUCCGACAUUUUUAUCUCAAUUCAUCCGGAGCACAUGGAUAAUAUUGUGGCCGGAACCAAAGACCAUGAGUUCCGAAGCUACAAAAUCCCGAGCACUGUGUCGCGCAUGUGGAUGUACAUCACCAAACCAGCCUCGGAGCUGAGGUACAUGGCGUGCAUAAGCGAGGCAAAGGUACCCGGCGAGAUCGACGAGGACGGAAUUGGCAACGCUGAUUUCAACCGGCACAAGCUGCCCGGCGCCAAGUUCGCCUACCGUCUUUACGAGGUUUAUGAGCUAAACGAUCCGGUUCCUCUUGGAGAGAUGCAAGAAAACGGAUGGCUACACGGUCCACCACAAAAGUACAACUAUGUUCCCCCGGCUGUCGUGGGUCACUUGAUGGCCAACCUACGGUGUUCCGUGUUUGGCGAAGAGGAAAACGGAGAGGAGGAUGAAGAUGAACCUGAGAUUGGCAGAAAGGAAACAUCACAGAUAUCUGCUGAGCGGACGAUAUCACAGGAGGUGGCUGAACAGAUUCGGAGUGACAAUGACCAUUCGGCCCAUCAUUCAUCAGAGGCAGAUAUUCUGGUGCCGUCAAGUCAGACACCAACCCGUAGCCAGCGGGCAUUUGGCACAGAGCUCUUCCCCAAACCUGCGUUGCCUCCAACUCCGUUUAGCCGGCCGUCCAACCCCACGCCUCGCCGUGCGGUUCGGCCCUCGCAGGCAACCACAGCAAGCCAGACCUCAAGUCCUUCUCAGUCACCGAUCAAGUCGGUUCCACGACCUGUCCACGCGAACUCUAGCUUGCCGAUCUUCGUGGACGAGGAAGACGACAGCCCGAUUCGCUUGCCGCCGGGCAAUUUCCAGCUGGGCUCUUCGCAGCUACUGUCCAAGAGUCAGAUGUUGCCCGAGAGUUUGUGGGUGGACGAUGAGAGGGAAGAAAUCGUGUACGAUUCUGAUCGUGACGAUGACGAGCUGUAG